AUGGGGCCAAUUCUUCCAUUUUUGCCAGUUUAUGGUAAACAACUUGGUAUUUCUGCAUUAAUUAUGGGCAGCAUCACAGCUAUUUUACCAAUCUUAUUCUUAAUUGCUAAGCCAAGUUUUGGCUUUCUUGUGGAUUAUUUUUAUACUUGGAGAAAAAUAAUCUUUAUUAUACUAUUAGCAACAACAAGUAGUUGCUAUAUUUGUAUGUACUUCUUACCAAUACUUUCAAGUCCCAUUUUUCCAGACCAUAGCUUUAAUAAUGUAUCCUGUGAUUUGUUACCCUACUGUAAACCAGAGGAUGUGUCUAAGACUUAUCUCUGUACUGGAAUAAAGAAUGCUAUGUGCCAUUGGUUUUGUACAGAUAAAAAUUUCUCUUUACCAAUACAAUUUCAAGCAAUCGAUAAGGAAAUAAGUUUUUCCUCAAAUUCCACGUGCUUAAUUGAUAAAAAUAGUACCUUAUAUUGCUCUAGACGUAAUAACUGCACUGUUACUUGUGAUGAUUCAAAUGAUAGCUAUUGCCUGUAUACAUCAAUUACUUUUUGGGGUUUCGUUCUGUUAAUGUCUCUUGGUGAAGGUGGUCAAAUGGGAUAUGGUAGACAACGUGUUUGGGGAACUAUAGGUUUUGGAAUUUCUGCCUUUUUAGCUGGUUAUGCAGUAGAUUACUAUUCUAAAGGAGAAAUUAUUAAAACAUAUACACCAGCAUUUUUACUUGUUUUUAUAUUCACAAUCAUUGAUUUAUUUUGUUGUAAAAGAUUAGAUCUGCCAAAAAUGACAGAAUCAACGAAUAUAUUGAAAGAUGUAAUGAAACUUUUAAAGUUGAAGCCUAUAAUGAUAUUUCUCUUUUUCGCAACAAUUGCCGGCAUUCUUGACAGCUUUAUGAUUUACUUUUUAUUUUGGUAUUUGGAAGAUCUUGCUAUGGUAACUGACUGUAUGAGAGAAAUUAAAUUAAUAGAAGGUUUAAUCGUUGCCGCGGAAACUUUGGGCGGUGAAGUAAUUUUCUUUUCCUUAUCUGGUAAAAUCCUAAAGAAACUAGGAUUUGGAUAUACUUUUACAUUCUGUCUCGUAUGUUAUGCUUUACGACUUGGACUAAUUUCUUUAGCAUCGACUCCAUGGUGGGUAAUACCAAUAGAGUUGUUUAUGCAAGGGCCUACUUAUGCACUUUGUUACACAACAAUAGUCGCCUAUGCAAGUAAAGUAGCACCACCCGGUACUUCAGCCACUGUUCAAGGAAUCGUAGCUGGCAUGGAUGAUGGUUUUGGUUUUGCAAUUGGUAGCUUAAUAGGCGGAAUCCUAUACAAAUUAUUCGGAGGCAUAACGACGUUACGAAUAUUUUCAUCAAUUGCCGCUACAACAGCGUUUAUAUAUCUCAUUUUAUAUCUUACAUACUUAAAAGAUGUGACACCAGGUAAUAAAAUUCAUAGUUUUACUUGAUGUAAAAUGUCCACGGACAUUUUCAUUUUCUGUACCUUUUUAUUAUCGAAACUAUUUCCCACAGAUACAAAGAAUGACGUAGAAUGGAAAACGCCCGAGGAAGCUCAAAGGAAAUGUACAGUUGCAGAAAGGUGAUAUAAAGAUAUAAAUCAAAAGAUACUUUUAAUUCAAAGAUACUUUUAAUACCUUUUAAUAGAAAUGAAUGUUGUUAUUGAUAUAUAACAUAUGUAUAACAUACAUAUAUAACAAUGUUUUAUCAACAGAUUAUUUUAUUACAGUUUACAAUUUGUAAAUAAAGUUUGA